GCGCACGUGAAUCAGUCGAGGGGGUGUGUCCGUAAGAGGCACGCGCUUCUGCGUGUGUGUGUCUGAGGCGGAAAGCGCAACUGAGAGAGAAGAAAAUCGAAUCGAAUGAGUGAAGCACACGCAUCGAUCGGCUGCUGGCUGUCUUCCCGGAAGCAGUUGCCCGCGGCCGCGUUUGCUUGAAGACGUGCCCGGUUCGUUUAGUCCACUGCGGGAAUUAUCCAUCUACUCUAGAUGAGUCGCGUUGCUACGGCGGCGAAGGAAAGCCGACGCUGUGUUAAGUGAGCGACCGUUUCAAGCUGAAGGCUGUCAAACUGGCAGGAAGCACAGACCUAAGCGGCCGGACCGGUCGCCUUUUGUGAGUGGGAAUGAUGGUGUCGAGGGCGUUUCUCCUGUGUUUCUGCUGCAUCUGGACCCGGCUGGCGGAUGGAUUGGACGCGUGGAGUAGCGUUGCGCCUCAAACAAGUGACCCUAACGGCAAAGCAGGACGGCGGGACUUCAGCCGGUACCUUAAUAUCGGAGACGGGACCUCGCUGGAGUUUGAGUUUCCCGAGAAAACCCGCGGAGUCAUCGUGGUGUCCAGUAAGUACCGGAACGACUCUUGGAAGGAGGCUGUGAGUGUCCAGUCGCUGGACACGAACGUUUUGACUAUUUUGAAUGUGAGUGAUAGUGGCAGUGUAGGUGUGGACAGGAGUUACGUAGUUAGCUUCCAGUCGGGACUGGCAGGGACCGCUCCACUUUUGCUACAGCUGCUGGAUUUGAACAAGGAUGCCCAGCCGGUAGUCAUCGAGGAAAGGCGGGACUAUAUUAUCAAGGUGGCCCCUGAUGACAAGAUGGGGACCCCCAGUUUCAGUGGCCUGGCACACUUCUCAGAAAACCCUUUGCUUUUUGCCCUUUUGCCUUUGAUAUUCAUCAACAAAUGUGCUUUUGGCUGCAAAGUGGAAGUGGACGUCCUGCGUGGUCUUCUUAAACAGCCUCACCCAGUUUUAUUAGGAAUCGUGGGCCAAUUUCUGGUCAUGCCAUUGUAUGCCUAUGCCUUGUCCAGGAUUGCCUCUCUUCCCAAAGCCUUGUCCUUGGGGCUGGUCAUAACCUGCUCUGCACCUGGGGGUGGAGGAGGCUAUCUCUAUAGCCUGCUUCUGGGUGGGGAUGUGACUCUUGCCAUAUCCAUGACCUUAAUUUCAACAGUUGUAGCCACAGGUCUGAUGCCACUCUCCUCCACCAUUUAUAGUCGCCUUCUCAAUGUCCAUGAGACGCUUCAUGUGCCGUUUGUGAAAAUUCUGGUCACUCUACUCUUUAUUGCCAUUCCAAUUUCCACAGGUAUGGCCAUUAAGUGUAAACUUCCAAACAUUUCCCGUAUCCUGCUUACUCUCAUUCGCCCAUUCAGCUUCAUCCUGAUUAUCGGUGGAAUUUUCAUGGCUUACCAGAUGGGAGCUUCAAUCCUUGCCAAUAUCCAGCCACAAAUAAUACUCGUUGGAGUCACUGUACCAGUGUUUGGGCUGUUGUUGGGAUAUGUAAUGGCAGCAGUUGCCAGACUGUCCAUACCCCAUCGUCGAACAGUAAGCAUUGAGAUUGGAGUACAGAACAGCCUGCUGGCUCUGGCUGUCAUGCAACUCUCAUUCCGCCGUGUGGAGGCCGACUUUGCCUCUCAGGCUCCAUUCAUUGUGGCUCUCAGCAGCACCUCUGAAAUGCUAUUGAUAGUAAUUAUUCACUUUAUUUAUAAAAAAUUCAAGAAGACAAGCCUGACUGAUGUUUGAUUGUUUUGUUUUUCCCCCAUUGAUGUCAUCCAUUGAUGUCUGGCUGAAAAUUGAGGGAAAGAAAUGCCAUGAAACCAAAGACCUUUCUAUUUUCAUUACAUGCUAUGCACAAUGAGAAAUUAAAAAAAUAUUUUUUUAUGGUUUUGUAUGUGGAAUUUGGAAAUUUACCUUAAUGUUUACAGACUAAUUAAAGAGCUUUGGGGAGAAAAAAGUGGGGCAAUGUGGGGAAUGCUGGGCUUUAAGCAACAUUCAAAUACUUGAAUUUAAAAUGCACCUGGUUGGGCGAUGAGGUACGUAAGUUUGAAUGAAAUAAAAUCAAGAAUGUGCUGUUUUUUGUGUAAAAUCCUUGUUCGUUUUCCUUAUUUAUUUAAUCCCUGGAAUUUAAUUUGCCUUUUCUAUUGAAUCACUGGAAUGUUUUUUGUUAACUACAUUACUGUUUUUUUUUAUUUUCACAAUAUGUCAGGAAUGUACACAGAGGUAGAAUUUAAACCAAUAUUUUUUUGGCAAAUAAGAUACAACAAUAUUGUUUUUUGUUUUUAUAAUACUUCUUUAUUUGGCAUCCAGCAGGUUCACCACUGUGCUUGUGUUUUUUCCAGCUUUAGAAGUGACCAACUACUGUGCACAUAUUGUAAUUUGUCAUGUUGUAAACACUUUUUAAACUAUUAGAAUUUAAAUUUGUAAUUUAUUUUCUGGGUGUUAGGUAGCGGGGUGAUUAAAUUUAGCCUCUGUCAUCAGGAAAAGAAAGCCAGGAGCCAAGCUAUUCUGUUGCAGUCCUCUUAGUUUGUUGCUAGAUGACCAUGUUGUACUGUGUCCCACAUAGAAUAAAAAAAAAAAACUUCAGUAUCUGAGAGAAAAUUUCUAUAGGAAGCUUAUUUAAUAUCCUAAAAUGGGUGUAAGUUUUUUUUUUUUUUGAUCCUUCAUAUAUUCAUUUUAAGCAGUAUUAUAGCAGCUGUUUAGCACUACUGGUGGUGGUUGGUGAGUAAAUGACAGAUUUGUAAUAAAAUUCACAAAGUUUAAUAUUUUUUGCUUUCAUUCCCAGCCACCAAGAAAAGAUAAUCUUAUUUCUUGUCUAUGUUGCUCUGGCUGAACAAGCUUUGCAGCACUUUCUGUGAACUUGGGGCAUCACUCUUUCCCUCCUGCUCUAAUUAGUUCCAGUUGUGCAAGUCGAAUCUCAAACUUCUCUCUGUGUGUUUCCUGAAUCUAUUCAUUGCAGAACUGCUUGUGCUAGAAAUCUGUGUUAAGUAUUGCAACCAUAAAAAAAAAAAA